AGAGAGCAGCUAGAUGUCACUACGAGUACUGAGUGGGGUUCCCUCUCUCAGGCAUUAUUGCGAGAAUAGAAACCCUAAGCAGGCAUCAUCAUGAGUGCAUGCUCAUGUGAAAACUCCUAAGCCUAUCUAUCUAUCAAUUCCUUGGAUCUCUCUUCUAUUCCCUCUCCAUCUAAUUAGCUAGCUCUUGUCUUCUUGCUGCUGCGUCAUGGACUCUGUCUCUCCCGCUGAGCACUUGUGCUACGUGCGUUGCACCUACUGCAACACUGUUCUUGCGGUUGGGGUUCCAUGCAAGAGGAUGAUGGACACAGUCACUGUGAAGUGUGGCCACUGCAACCAUCUCUCCUUUCUAAGCCCUAGACCCAUCCAGCAACCCUUAACUCUCACUGAACAUCCAAUGAACCAGCUUCAGGGGCCUUGUUCUGAUUGCCUGAGGGUUUCCCCGGCGCCAUCGUGGUUCUCCGGUGAACCAAUGAUCCAAAAGCCACCCUUUGUUGUGAAACCUCCUGAGAAGAAACACAGGAUGCCUUCUGCUUACAAUCGUUUCAUGAAGGAGGAAAUACAGAGAAUCAAAGCCGUUCAGCCCGACAUUCCUCACCGAGAAGCAUUCAGCAUGGCCGCAAAGAAUUGGGCCAAGUGCGAUCCUCGCUGCUCAACAAUGGCUUCUACCUCUGAGGGCAAGAAGCUAGCUCCCAUUUCAGAACUGGAAAGAAACAACAAUAACUACAGAAUGGAGAGCUCCAAAGUUCACAAUCAUAUAGAAAAGAAGGACUAGGUUCCAAUCGACAUCUACAUGGAGCUAGCUAGGUGUUCCACUAGUGGUGUUCUUAUGGGUGUUCAGUUUUGUUGGAUCGAUCUUCUACUCUCUAUACAAUGAAUUGAAGCAUAGCUCUAGCUAUCUAAUGUUGUUGUAUUCUAAUUUCUAGUUCUGAUCCGUGCAUGGCUAUGCAUGCAUUAAUGCAAACAAAAGGGAGUGAGACUAUGUAUAAUAAUAUCAACCUAGCUAUUUAUUCAGUUUCUAC